CGGUGCACCCAAGGAGUCUGUCUCGCACUUCCUGAGAAGGCUGGAGCACGUUUACUUCAUGAUGUCUGAACCGCUCACUCUCGAAAACUACAAGUCACAGUUUGACGAGGAGGACCCUUUCGACGCUGAAGACAUGGAGGAGCUGAGCGACUCCGAAACCUUCGAUUUCGAGUCCAUGCCACUUCCUCGGGUGGUUGGACAGGUUGGUGAUGAAGAGGAAGGUGGCCCUCAAAGAUAUAGCACGUCCCUUGCUGGUUUGAAGCGUGUGUUUCGGGGCGAACCAGUCGACGACCAAUCGUCUGAUGACGGGGAGGAAGAGAGAGACUAUGAUCACGAACCUUGUGACAGGAUCCCUGUGGACCAUGACACCUGGAAAAAUGACAGACUCUACUUCUUCGGCAAGCAUCACCGGUUCACGUCGGAGGAUGUCUGGGGACACAACGUCGUCUGGCACCCGAGGAUAUUCCAACCUGCUGUGAGGAAUGGAAUAUGGGUCUUGGCAAUAAAGGAGGACGAUGGCAAGUGGAGUGGAUUGAAGAGACUGGGAGUGGCUGCAUUUAAGAGAAAGGCAAGAACUGCUCUGGUGGAGCAUUUGAGUCUCAUGAACCCCGGGAGGAACGAUCAGGACGUCGAUGCGUAUGCAGAACAAAAGUUACAUGAACUCGAGACUGGCGGUCUCGCGACGUGCUGGAGGGGCCCGCUCGAAGAGUGUUGGAGACCGGGGGGUAGCGAGAACGAACGUCACACUCCUGGGGAAGACGAACGCUCUUCGGGAGCGUGUGUUGUACAUCGGGAAGAAGGAACUCAAUGCUGGCAGUCUCCCGAAGUGUUGGAGACCGGGGGCAGCGAGUGUGAACGUCAUGCUUCGGAGGGUGCGUCCGUGGACACUGACAACGAGAGUGCAGGAGCUCCGGGGGAAACACAUGCUGUACAGCGAGGAGAGGACACUCGACACAGGCCGGCUCGUGAAGACGUGAAGUGGCUCCACGCACGAGCGCAAGUGAUCGGGACGUCCGAAGAGGUUCGGUACAGUCGCUUGGCUGUGGCCACGACGCGAGAGCGUGUCGUUAAGGGAGGUCAGUGGACGUCCGUGCAAGCUCCCGUUCUUGGCGACGAUGAAGACGAAGAAGAACCCGCGGUGGAAGCUCGGGUUCAUGGCGAUGAGAAAGGCAGAGAACCCGUGGUGGAAGGCUGUGAGGUGACUGCCGAUAUCCGGACGGAUUUACAACGGAAAGAUGGUGAUUCUUCGCCCACCCAUUGCGGUGAAGAACAGGGUGGUCGAGCGUUUGUUGUGAGCUACGCUCGGGGAAUGGUGCUUCGUGAAGCCAUAGAGUUGGGUGACGACUCCGCAGCCACCGAGCUGGUUAGCGACUCAGGCGUGGCUGAGAUGCAGAACGUCGAAUCCUCCGUGGAAGGCGGUGAGGUGGCCGUCAGCAUCAAGAUGGAUCCAGAGCGGAAAAAUCAUGAUUCUCCGUUCACCCCUUGCGGUGCCGAACAGGGUGAUCGAGCAUCUGUCCUCAGUACCGGUUGGGAAAUGGUGCUUCAUGCACCCAUCGACUUGCCAAGCGACUCAGCUGCCACCGAGCUGGUUAGCGACACAGCCGUGACCGAGGUCCAGAACCUCGAAUCGUCCGUGGACGUUGGCGCAGUGGCGCGACAGGAGGGCGAGUUCCCUCAAAGGGCUCCCGAGCACGGUAAGAUUGUGAAUAGGACCCCUCGCAUAUCUGUUACUGGCCAGCUCUCUGUUCGUCCAAAUUGAUGUCAUGGCCUAAUGAACCUGUUACCACUAG